AUGAUGAUAGGAAUGCAGUGCUUCUCUAUUCGAUCAAAGCUUUGCAUGUCCAUCUUUUACACCAUCGCCUCUGUUUUGUUUUAUCUUCGAAAAAAAAUCACAGUCAAUGUUUUUGGAGGAAGGUGGUCAGCUCCACCUUCUCUUAUGGGCUUAGGCGCGAGCCGAUCCGCACUUUCUUGUCUGGCGAGUCAGGAUCCGAGGGUAUUAACUCGACGUCUUCCUCGGGCUUCCAUCCUUUUUCAGGAAAGACUUCUGAACAGAUUUCCUCAGCUUGGUCCUAACGCUUUGAUUGCUAGAAAAGAGCAAGAUUCGGUUGUUCAACCUCCUUCAGAUCUGCCUGGCUCACAGGGAGGAACUACGCUUGUUUGCUUUUCUUCAGCCCUUGGGCGGAGCACUUCCUCGCCAUUGCCUGAUCGCUGUUGA